GGGAGCGCGCUUGCGUGCGGUGCUGAGAGUAACCGUCGCUGGGCUUCGCACCUUGGCUGCGGUUGCAGCUUUUUUGUGGUGUCGGUUUCUCCUUUGAUCUCACUUAAAGGCGGUGCGCUGCGCUUUCGGGCCGUCUGUGCUGAGUUGCGCCAAGUGAAGCGUUUGUGAGCGCCUGGCUCUCAAAAUGUCAACUAUCAAGGAGCAGCUUAUUGAGAAUCUGAUUGAGGAAGACAAAGUCUCCCAGAGUAAGAUCACCAUUAUUGGGACUGGUGCUGUAGGCAUGGCUUGUGCUAUUUGUAUCUUACUGAAGGAUCUGGCUGAUGAACUUGCCCUUGUUGAUGUUGCGGUGGACAAGCUGAAGGGAGAGAUGAUGGAUCUUCAGCAUGGCAGUCUGUUCUUCAAUACUCCAAAGAUUAUCUCUGGAAAAGAUUGCAGCGUAUCUGCAAACUCCAAAUUAGUUAUUGUCACAGCAGGUGCACGGCAGCAGGAAGGAGAAAGUCGCCUCUCCUUGGUCCAACGUAAUGUAAAUAUCAUGAAAUCAAUCAUUCCUGCCAUAGUCCAUCAUAGUCCUGACUGUAAGAUGCUUAUUGUUUCAAAUCCAGUGGAUAUUUUGACAUAUGUGGUCUGGAAGCUAAGUGGGUUACCUGCAACUCGUGUAAUUGGAAGCGGCUGUAAUCUAGACUCUGCACGUUUCCGUUACCUCAUUGGAGAGAAGUUGGGUGUCCAUCCCACAAGCUGCCAUGGCUGGAUCAUCGGAGAGCAUGGUGAUUCUAGUGUUAAAUUUCCUCCACUACUUGGGAUUAUACGCUCAUUUUUGCCCUUAUGGAGUGGGGUGAACGUUGCUGGUGUUGCCCUGAAGACUCUAGACCCUAAAUUAGGGACUGAUUCAGACACGGGCCAGUGGAAGAAUAUCCACAGACAAGUUGUUGGAAGUGCCUAUGAGAUUAUCAAGCUGAAGGGGUACACCUCUUGGGCCAUUGGACUAUCUGUGACAGAUCUAGUAGGAUCAAUUUUGAAAAAUCUUCGAAGAGUGCAUCCAGUUUCCACUAUGGUUAAGAUAAAGUGGCAUCAUGAAGGGCUGCAUGGCAUCCUUCCCCAUGGCGAGAAAGAUGACCUUGGUCACUCUGAAGGCCUCCUGUUCUUCAUGUCAUUGGACACAAGUUCCACAUGGUCAGAUGACUUCAGGAUGCUCUUGGGCUUAUAUGGAAUAAAAGAAGAAAUCUUUCUCAGUAUCCCUUGUAUCUUGGGGCGAAAUGGUGUCUCAGAUGUUGUGAAAGUUAACUUGAAUUCUGAGGAGGAGGCCCUUUUCAGGAAGAGUGCAAGCACACUCUGGGAUGUCCAAAAAGACCUGCAAUUUUAAAGCCUUUUAGUGUUCUACUGUUGGCUGUAACCGAAGGCUACAGACUGUAUAUUUUACAUUUUAAAAGUGUUAUCAUCUGAUCUGUAAAAAAUAAAAAAAAACAUUGGAGACCUAUGACAUAACUCCAGUCUCUCAAGGCUAGAAAAAGGAAAUGGUAAAGAGAUUUCUUCUCUUUGUGAAUCUCUUAUAGCUCUGUUCUAACGAUGCCCAGCCUGUGCAGAUGUAAGUUGUACUUCUGAGGGGCGUCAUAUAUGGGAGAGGUGCCUUCAGGUUUAGUGGAAUAUGUAUAAUAAUCUACUGUAAUAUAGAACUUAUGAUUCUUCCCACAGAACAACAAGCACUUUUUCUAGU